GCGCGCUAUUGGUCCGUGUUGCAUGCUGCAGUAGGAAGCGGGCCCGUGUCACCCUGCGUGCCGGCUCUUUGCUCUGCGGUCCGGACAUGGUGUGCUGCUCCUCCCGCAUGCUCUGGGCCGCCGUGCUGCUGGCAAUGCUGGCCGGGCUGGUGCACCUGCUGCAGGCCUGGCUCAGCAACAAGUCCUACGAGUUCAGCCGGGAGGAGAUCGCCAUGCUGGCCAAGGAGUACUCGGGUUUGGAUUACGAGGUGGCUUUUUCCAAGAUGAUCACGGAGCUGCGGAGGAAGCACCCGGGGCACAUCCUGCCGGACGAGGACCUGCAGUGGGUGUUUGUGAACGCCGGGGGCUGGAUGGGCUCCAUGUGCCUCCUCCACGCCUCCCUCACCGAGUACGUGCUGCUGUUCGGGACGGCCGUGGACACGAGUGGCCACUCAGGCCGCUACUGGGCAGAGAUCUCGGACACCAUUCUCUCCGGAACGUUCCGCCAGUGGAAGGAAGGCACCACCAAGAGCGAGAUCUUUUACCCAGGAGACACCAUCGUGCAUGCGGCGGGGGAGGCCACGUCUGUGCAGUGGAGCGCCGGCACGUGGAUGGUGGAGUACGGCCGCGGCUUCAUCCCCUCCACGCUGGGCUUCGCUUUGUCCGACACGUUCUUCGGCACUCAGGACUUCCUCACCUUCUUCUACACGAUCCGCGUCUACGCCCGGGGGCUGCUGCUGGAGGCCAACACCUACCUGACCGAGCUGGGGGUCUUCUAACCGUCCGCGGCCCCCCCCCCCGGCGAUCUGCCUUCCUGCCGCAGACCCGUCAUGUAGAGUGAGCUGGCAAUGAACGGGUUAAGUGCAGAGAGUGACAUCAUUGGACUCCUCCACCUACUCGCUACAGAAGGGGGGACUUAGCGAGUCGGACCCCAACUGUCCUCAAUAAAUGGAGAAGGCCGGGGGGGGGCUCACAGAAGAUCCCCUCCACGGGGUAUUUAUAAUAUACAGCGGCAACAACACUAACCCCCCCCAGGUCUCUCAUUCGUUGGCUACCCAAAGAGUUAAAAUCCAUCGGGUCCUUGGAAAAAAAGUUAACAAAAAAUGUAAUUAUGGUAAAACCCCAAAUCACGGUUUAUUAUCUGUUUAA